AUGAAAGGAAUUCCUUACAGCAGUGUAGUGGGUAGCCUUAUAUAUUCUGUGGUUUGUACAAAACCUGAUAUUACCUAUGCAAUAAGCGUAUUAGGAAGGUUCUUGGCAAAUCCUAGUCAUGAACAUUGGGUAGCUGCGACGAGGUUGAUGCGGCAAAGUUGGUUGAUUGCUUGCUAUGAAGGUGGGGCUCAUGCUAAGUGGUUGAGAAAUUCCAUAUCAAGGCUUAAGUUUAUUGAUUCCGUUGCUAGACCAUUGAAGAUUUAUUCUGACAAUUCCGCUGCUGUAUUUUUCAUAAAGAACUCUGGUGGUGCAAAAUAUAUUGGCCUAAAAUUCUUUGAUGCAAGGAAAUGGGCUGAUAAUGUUGAUGUGCUUUAUGAGAAUAUUGCAACGACUAAUAUGCUUGCUAAUCCAUUAACCAAAGAACUAAGACCUGUGGUAUUGGUUUUGAUCGACUUGAUCACUUUACUUUUGGAUCAUGUGAGUCAAGCCACACUACACUCGAUGUGGAAUUCAUGUCAAUGA